CUAGUAACUAGUAGUCUAUCAAGUUUAUUUGUGUAUUUAAGAUUGUUUGUGUUUGGCUUGCUAUUUGACAUCCUUCGUUUUAGUGAAAUAUGCCCCUUUAAUUUAAAAUUCACAGCGAAAUUCUUUUUCAUUCAUUAAGCAGCUGAAAUGGAUGCUUGCGCAAACGUGGAAAAAGAAAUUGAAAAGGUCCUGAGCAAAUUCGGUGCUUUUAAUGACCACGUAUGGAGAACUCUAACUGAUCUUAUUGAAUAUGUGCAGAACAUUCAAAGAGAAUUUAAUUUGGGUAAUGAGCCAACGCCUGCUCAGGUUCAAAUAUUAACUCAUUGUUCAAAAAAAGUGAAAGAUGUGGUGGCAGCAAUGGCAACUGAGCACAGAGAUUUGCAUGGAACUGUGUCCAAAGUUGGAAAAGCUAUAGAUAAAAAUUUCAUAGCUGAUUUUGCAAGUACAAGUAAUGAGGAGGUGUUCCAAGGAAAUGAAAAUGUGAAGCUCUUAAAUCAAGUUAUUAGUGAACAUUUUCUCAGACAAGGGAUGCUCGAAAUUGCAGAAGAGCUUAUUAAGGAAACAGGACUUCAAAUGGAACAAAAUAAACGAGAACCAUUUUCAGAACUGAAUAGAAUUUUAGAUGCUUUGAAAAAAAGAGAUUUGGAACCUGCAUUGAUGUGGGCCCAAUCAAAUCGAAAGAAAUUGUUGGAACAGAACAGCUCUCUUGAGUUCAGACUUCAUAGGUUACAUUUUAUUGAUUUGUUGCAGCAGGGCGUGUUCAAGCAAGAAGAAGCGAUAGGUUACGCACGUAAAAACUUCCAGCACUUAGCCGCCCAACAUGAAAAAGAUAUUCAGGUUCUGAUGGGAAGUUUAUUAUACUUAAGACAAGGAGUGCAAAAUUCUCCGUACAGUUAUCUUUUAGAUCCCAUACAUUGGGCCGAAAUCUGGGAUAUUUUUACCCGAGAUGCUUGUGCACUACUAGGCUUAUCAGUGGAAAGUCCAUUAGCAGUCUGCACAAAUGCAGGUUGUAUAGCCUUACCAGCUUUAUUAAAUAUUAAGCAAGUAAUGCAACAAAGACAUGUCACAGGUGUUUGGAAUACAAGAGAUGAAUUACCUAUUGAAAUAGAUCUCGGGAAAAAAUGUCAUUUUCAUUCUGUUUUUGCCUGUCCAAUUUUAAGACAACAGAGUUCUGAAAACAAUCCUCCAAUGCGAUUGGUUUGUGGUCAUGUGAUAUCUAGAGAUGCACUUCAUAAGCUAGCAAAUGGAAACAAAUUAAAAUGUCCAUACUGUCCAGUGGAACAGAAUCCAUCUGAUGCAAGACUAAUUCAUUUUUAACAAUGUUCCCUGACUUUUUACUCAUUUGUUCUAUUACGUUCCUCAAUGGCAUCAUUGAAUAAUUGUGAUGUGAUUCUUCGUAUGUUACAGGGAUAGCUUCAUUCUCAUUUCACUAGCAUAAGGAACUACUUGGUUAUAAAGGAUCUAUCUCUUAAAUAUAAAAUGAUGUGAUGUAAAUCUCUGGUGUCUGAAGAUAUAUUGAGUGUUCUGGUGAUGUAUGAUAUAGACUGUUAA